GGAAGUUACCUCAACCUCUUCCGGUUGUGGGCGUCGCUUGCCCCCGAGACAGGUGGUAGUGACUGGGGACCCAGAGGUUCGAGGCUGCUGCGGGCGGGAGGCAUCGUCAUGCCCCGUUAUUACGAGGACAAGCCAGAGGGCGGCGCGUGCGCGGGCCUGAAGGAGGACCUGGGCGCAUGUCUGCUCCAGUCGGACUGUGUGCUCCAGGAAGGAAAGUCCCCUCGGGAGUGCUUGAAGGAAGGAUAUUGCAAAGCUCUGAAAUACUCAUUUUUUGAGUGUAAAAGAUCAAUGUUGGAUGCCAGAUCAAGAUUCAGAGGAAGAAAAGGAUACUGAUACCAUUUUGCUGAAGACAAGAUGAAAACCAACAAAGGAUUUUCUCUGGUUAUUAAAGUAGAAAAGCCAGUCAUUUUUGCUGUAUCUGUUUGGUUGGAUGAGUUUUCUCCAUAGAACAAUGGAAAAAACACAUGAAUUCUUUUAAUAUGUGUAAGGGAAGUACUUCUCCUGAUCUACAUUGUUUUUAGAAGAUCAGUUUAGAUGCAGUUUUAAGGAUUGUCCUAAAACACAAGGAAUGGUAAGGUUAUUUUCAAACUGGACUCUUUAAUCAAAUUAAAGUUUGUAUAUUGGGAAGCCACUAAUGUGACUGACAGAGUCAAUAAUGUAAAGCCUGUCAAGAUGAAGAUUAUUAGAAAAGUUUAGGAUAAAACUUUUUCUUUUAUUCAGUUUGUCCUGUUUGGUUUUAAAUAAACUACAUUUUAUUCCUUGGAGAAGAAAUGUCCUUUUGCACUGAUUCAAUGAAGUACCAACUUCGAAACUUUAAAACCCUCCACUGGCACAGCUGGAUGCCAGCCUAGAGGAUACUUCCAGGGCUCCUUCUACCUCUCUCGGCUGUUGGCAGGCCGACACUCCAUAUAAGGAGCCAGUAUCAGCCUUAAGCCCAUACCCUUAACAUCUGAGAUCCAAAAGGGAGAGAGUAAACUUUCCCUAUCAGAUCCUACUGAGACCUGGGUCUUCCCUGGAUCACCAGGCACCUGACCUUGGCCAGGCCUGUGACUGAUAACAACCACUAGAAUCACACUGGAUGAUUGAUCUGCAAUACUUAAAAAGGGCAGUGGAGCAAACCCAAACAACAGAUAUUCACUCAGUAAAGCCAAAUAGGAAUCCAAGUUUCCAACUUUAUUUAUUUGGUGCUGGGGAUCGAACUCAGGACUUUGUACUUUUGAGACAGGCAGCAGCACCACUGAGCUAAAUCUACAGCCCUCCAACUUUAUUUUUGGCACUGAAGAUCAAUGAAAAGCCAUAGUGUCUCCACAGUUAAAUGGAGAUAAAGCAAUCAAGGUAUUGUAUUGCUCAGUCAAGGUUCAUCAGAAGUUGUGAGACUCCCCCAGAAUAUCACUGAGAUCUGCUGUGUUCACUGUUUUUCACAGGGUAAAGAAAAAUGGAUUUCUUCAAUAACUGUUGAUUACUUAAGUGCUACAGCUUGUUUUUUGGUGGUGCUGGGUAUUGAACUCAUGGCCUUUCAUAUGCUACACAAGCACUCUAACACUGAACUAAACUUCUAGGCCUGAGUGCUAUAACUUCAUACAUAACCCCAUUUUUUUCUGUUUAUUUACAGCUUUAUUGAGCCUUUAUUUGGAGAAAGUCACAUACCAUCAAUUCACUAUUAAACUAUACAAUUAAGUAUUAUUUUUACUGUAUCCACAGAGGGUGUAGCCAUCACCACAAUUUCAAGUUGUUUUCAUCACUCUAAGGAGAAACUCAUACCCCCAGCAGUCUCUCCUCAAUUCUUCUCCUCUUCCACGAAGUAUACUUUGUCUCUACAGAGUUGCCUACUCUGGGCUUGUUAUAUAAAUAAAAAUACAGUAUAUAUAGUAUGUGGCAUUUUGUGACUAGUUUCUUUCACUCAGCAUACUGUCAAGGUUCAUCAAUAUACAGCAUCUAUGUACUUUUUUUUUUUGCAUCUAUGUACUUUAUUACUUACUCCUGAAUAAUGUUCUAUAGUAUAAACAUACCACAUUUUAUUUAUCCAAUCAUCAGUUAACUUUGCAUUGCUUCCACUCUAGGGCUAUUAUAAAGCUAUGAUUAUCUGUAAACAAGCUUUCUGUGGACACAUUUUAUUUCUCAAGUAUAAACCUGGUAGUAGAUUAUAGGAGUAUGACACCAUCUUUAACAUUCUGAUUACUGUCAAAAUUUUCCAUAGUAGCUAC